CCGACACCAACCAACUGGAGACAGGAAGAUGUCCACUCGUUUCCACCGAGCAGCUGCGAACGGCAACCUGGAAUUACUCAAAGAAGCCACUCGGAAGGACCUCAACACCGCCGAUGCAGAUGGCAUGACCCCCACUCUGCUGGUGGCAUACCAUGGCAACGUCGAAGCUCUGGAGAUCGUUUGCAGGAGGGGAGGCGACCCGAACGUGUGUGACAUUUGGGGGAACACACCGCUACACCAUGCAGCUUCGAACGGCCACACCCCCUGCGUCUCCUUCCUGAUCAAUUUCGGCGCCAAUAUUUUCGCCCUCGACAACGACAUGCGCUCGCCCCUCGACGCAGCGGCCAGUCGGAGCCAGUAUCAAUGCGUCCAGAUUCUUGACAAGGCCGCCACUGAGCAAAACAUCAAAAACCCCAAGCGGGUCGCCCGUCUGAAGGCGCAGGCCCAACAGGAGGUGCAGCGACAGGUCCGCCUGUGUGAGAGACGCCAGGAGAAGCACCAGUUGGAGAUGACCAAGCAGUUCAAGAAAGGAUCCCUCCAGUUGAGUCACAGCUCCGCCACCAGGACAAAAGUCUCUCAGUUCUUCGCCAGCGGCUCCCUCAGUGAUGUCCCCAAGCAGUUGAAGGACACCUUCAAACUGAGGAGCAGGAAGAAAGAGGAGAACAGCACCGCCAGGAGCAGUGGAGCCGAGGAGGAGGGCGUCGCUGGAGAAACAGCCAUGAUGGGUUCACCUUGUGAGAAGGAUCUAGAAGACCUGAUGUGUGGCUUUCAAAAGAAAAUCGGCUUUUCUGAAGAGGGGGAGGAGUCAGGACACAGGUCUAUUUUCAACCGCCCGGGUCUUGGCAACCUCGUCUUUAGAAGCCAGAAGACGGAGACCUUGCUUCCCGAAAAAGAGGACAGGGGCUUUCAAAUUCCAGAGCUCUUUCAACUCAAAGAGGCCCCUGGUGAUUCAGACAAUGAGGAUGAUCCUGAAGUUUCGUGGAUAGAAGAAGCCGUUGGGUGGGAUGAGGACAAGGAAGAAGCUCCUCCCCUUGAAGUGUUCCUAGUUGCUCAUCAUCUCCACGAAUUUCUCCCCAUCCUGAUGAGCGAAAACAUCGAUUUGGAAAGCCUGAUGCUUUGUUCCGAUGAAGAUCUGCAGAGCAUCCAGAUGCAGCUAGGCCCCCGCAAGAAAGUUCUCCAGGCAAUCAGCAAAAGAAAGCUCGCUUUGGAAAAGCCAGGCCUAGUCAAGGAUACCCAAUUAUAAACCCAGAAUGCCGGCGCUUCUGGUCAAUGGUUUGGCACCUCACUCCACAAACAGUUCCUCUUUCUUUAUAAAGGUUGAGGAGGAUGAGAGGGAGCCAGAGAUGACCACUGUGCAAAUCCUACAACCUCUGAGCUUCAACACUGCCAAGUAGCCAUUGAUUCAGGAGAGCAGGAUGAAGAAGCCUCGAGUUUAAACACUGUACCAGGAGAAGUGGCAGAACUUAGGGGUGGAGUUAAAAGAGGCAUCAGCCUAGAAUCUCUACAUAGCCACAAACGAACGAAGCCCAGAAUCUCCUUUGAGUAUCGUUGACGCUUUGUAUUGAACAACAAAAAUGAAUGCUUGGGAAUUGUAAUUUUCUGAAAUGUUAACUUUAUUGUUGUUACAAACUACAGUACAGGAAAUAAAAUCGACACUCAUUUUGCAUCAA